GAUUGUAAAUUGAUUCAAAAGUAUAACUUUAUUCUAAAAAUUUCAUUUUUCUCGAAAACGAUAACUAAGCUCACUAGCUUCAAUUUUCUAUAAGCUACGUACUAGAAUAGCUUUGAGUUUUGGAAUUGAAAAAUUUAUUAUCAUUUAGUAUGACCACUUUGUUAAACGAUUUUUUAUAUUCGGAUGUAUUGGACUUUGCUAUAUUCUCGCGUGUUGAUCAUUUGGGUAAUGCAAACGUAUCAAACUUGUGUCGUAGGCUCAUCUUUAUGCGAAAUGGACUAAAUAAUGAUUAUUCGGUGCGACAUUCCAGUGGUAUUGGUAUUCCAGUGGUAUUGGAAAAAUCGGAAGAUGUUAAUGAAAAAAUGUUUGCAGCCCAAAUAAACGAUGAAAUUGAACAAAAUGGUUAUUGUCGCUUGAACGCAGACUUUUUAAAUGCCGAACAUUUGAAUUUCAAUCGGCCAGAAUCUGAAUUGCCAGAAGCAACAAAAGCAUUCCUAAUGUUCUUAUUGAAUGCAUAUAUGCCGACUGGAAUACUUAGUAUUGAUCAACUUGAUGCCGCUAAAAAUAUUUUAACAUCGAUCAAAAAUCAAUUGGAUAGUGGAAACAUUCCAGAUGUACAAUUAUCGAAAGAUUUUUAUCAAAUGAUACCAUUUACUGGAAUGUACAUUAUCAACAGCCACGAAAAAUAUUCAACUAAGCUGUGUGUUAUUGAAAAGUUGAGAUCCGCAUUGAAAUCACUUUCGGCCGGCAUUGGUAAUCCAUUGGAUUAUUUUAAAACCAAUUGGCUUCAAACUCAAAUUGAACAUCUAGAUCGAAAGAGUGAAGAAUUUCAGAAGCUUAAUCUGUGCAUUGAAAGGACAAUGCAUCCGAACAAACGAUCGUUUAUUCUUCGAAACAUAUUCAAAAUUUCAUCUGAAGCGGAUAAAAAGUUUGAUCCCAACCUAAAGAAUCACCAUCUGUUGAUUCAUUUCACUUUACCUUGUAAUAUUUUGGGUAUUUUACGUGAGGGAAUGCUGGUUGCGCCAAAUCAUGUGCAUAGUAAGAAUCGAUAUUACGGAAGAGGAAUUUAUUUCUGGGAUGCCGCGACAGUUGCACUUGAUGCUUAUCCAAGUGAACGCGACAGUGAUAAUUCAACAGGCAUCAAAUCGGCUAUUUUGUUGGUGUGUCGAGUUGCCUUGGGAGACGUGCAAGAAACCAAAACUGAUAUGAAAGAAGGAGAAGAAUUCACCCACGAACAUGAUAAAAAUUCUCUUUUAAGACCUGGUAUUUAUUCUGAAUCUCGAAAAAAAAGAAUGAAUAUAAAUGGUGCAACAAUGUUCUGCGGCCAAUUAAAUGAUUUUACAAAACAGGCGGGAAGAAAAUGCGAUUGGUACAAUUUAUAUUUGGCGCGAACGAAGGAACAAGUUAAAGUAGAAUAUAUUUUGAAAUUUGAUAAAAUCUAAUUUUUUGUUAUUCAAAUAAUAAACACGAAAUAUUACAAUAAUAUCACAAAAUAUGGCUUUGAUUCGAGCCAAUAAGAAGAAUAUUUAUUUUUUUAAACUUUGAAUUUCAAUCAAUAAAUUUCGAAUAUUUUAUGUAAAAUUGUCAAAUUAUAGAAUUGCAAGGAGAUUUUGUUCGUCGAGUUUUGCGCACAUGAUUUUUUCAUUGAAAUCUAAACUAUAUGUUUAUAAGUCUAUUAGUAUAACUCAACAAAAAUCAAUAAAAACUGAUUUAGAUUUGUGAAAAAAAAAAUCAUUGAUCAGCUUGUAGCAAAAAUCGAAACAUUUUUUUCUAUUCUAUGAUUUUCUAUGUAAAUAAG